CGCCCCAAACAGUACGACCACCAUCUAGUACUGCACAAAGAUUAGACCCAGCUUAUUCUCAUUGUACAGUUCCAGAUCCGAAUAAGAAGAAUUAUUUGCAGUGCAUCUAGUGCCCAAAGAUUUGCAAGGGUGGGAUUACUCGUGUCAAGUACCACCUCGGCCAUGUUCCAAAAACAAGUGUUUCUCCAUGUCCUAAUGUUCCAUCUGAUGUGAAGAAGCACAUGCUUGAUACUGUCACAAAAAUGCAUCAGCAAAAGGAAAAUAAAGCCAAUGAACUGAACAAGUCAAGGGAAGAGGUUAAUUUAAGCCACUCAGAGGGAGAAGAGACAAGUGAUGAUGAUCAGGCCAAGGGUAAGCAAAAAAGAGUGAGGCACACCUCUAGCUCGAAAGGAUCUGGCGGUCCUAUUGAGAAGUUCUGCAAAUCCAAACCAGAAGAGGUUGUAGCUAGUAAAGGUACAAAAGUAAAAGUUCAAUCCGCAUUGACACUCAAGAGAAGAAAAGAGAGGAGGAAUCAUGCAUGUGAGUAUAUUUGUCAAUUCUUCUAUGAGGCAGGAUUUCCAUACAGUGCAGUUACUCUUUCUAGUUUUGUACUUAUGCUAGAGGCCAUUGGGGAUUUUGGCAGGGACUUGAAAGGUCCAACGCCAUAUGAGAUGAGUGGUCCUUUCUUGAAGAAAAGGAAGAAGAAGGUGCUAGAAAAACUGAAGGCUCAUAGGGAACCAUGGAAGCUUAGUGGCUGUUCUGUUAUGACUGAUGCAUGGACGGAUAGAAAAGGCAGGGGAGUAAUGAAUCUGGUCGUUCAUAGUGCUUACGGGGUGUGCUUUCUUGAUUCCGUGGACUAUUCAGCUGUAAAGAAAGAUGGAAAAUAUAUAUUUGAUCUUGUCGACAGAUGCAUAGAGGAUGCAUGUGAGAAGAAUAUUGUUCAAGUGGUGACAGAUAAUGCUAGAGCAAAUGAAGCGGCGGCAAGUUUACUCAAGGCAAAGCGGCCCAAUAUAUUUUGGACUGGUUGUGCCGCACACUGCAUUGAUCUCUUGCUUGAGGACAUUGGACUUCUUCCACCUGUUGAAGUCACAAUUACAAAGGCAAGAUCUUUGACCGUAUUUCUCUAUGCUCAUACAAGGUUUCUGGAGUUGAUGAUAAGAUUUCUUGGGAGGAUUUGGUUCGGUCUGGUGUUACUCGCUUUGCAACAACUUAUCUGAAUUUAAAGAGCUUACUGGACAGCAAGAAAGAACUACAAAGGUUGUUUCGGUCAGAUGAGCUCAAUGACAUGGGGUAUUUGAAGAAGGCGAAAGGCCAGACAGCAAACAGAGUGGUGUGCUCUGAUGGUUUUUGGAAGAAAGUGGAUGAUGCUGUGAAUUUUUUUGAUCCCUUGGUUAAUGUUCUAAGGCGAAUGGACAGUGACAUACCAUCUAUGGGUUUCCUAUAUUGUGGUUUGAUGAAUGCAAAGAGAGAAAUUUCUGUGAGGUUUGACAAUGAUGAGAGCCGCUUCCAAGUUGUUUGGGAUAAGAUCAACAAAAGAUGGGACCAUAAAAUGAAAACACCACUACAUUUGGCUGGCUAUUUCUUAAACCCUUACUGUUAUUACACAAACAAGGUUGAGAUUGAAUUGGACAGAAGUUUCAGAGAAGGUGUAAUUUCUUGUGUGACAAAGAUAAUUGAAGAGGUAGAAAUUCAAGAUGCGGCUAUUGAAGAAUUCACUUUGUAUCAAGAUGACCAGGGCUCAUUUGGGAAGGAUAUUGCUGUUCGACAGAGGCGAAACAAGAACUUUGAUCCUGCAAAAUGGUGAAAAAAUCAUGGAACAAGUGCACCACAUCUAAGGAAUUUGGCAAUAAGGAUUUUGAGUUUGACAUGUAGCUCCUCUGCUUGCGAAAGAAACUGGAGUGCUUUUGAACAAGUCCACUCAAAGAAACGUGCAAGACUGCUUCAUGAUAGAAUGAGGGAUCUAGUUUUUGUCAAGUUCAACUCUAAACUGGAGCAGAAGAGAAAGAACCAAAACAGAGACCCCAUUGUGAUACCAUUUGUUGAUGUACUCGACAACAAUGAUAAUGAAUGGAUUUGUGAGAUUACAAGGGACGAACCAAUACAAGGUGAAGCAAUAAAUCAUGAACCUGAGCAUCACGUAACUGCACAUGGUCCAAACAAGAGGAAAACCAUUACUGAGCAUAAGCAAGCUAAAAAGUGGAAGGUCAUUCCAGAUGAUGAUGAAGAAGUUAUAUCAUCUUCUUCCUCGGAUGAGGACAUCGAAUUACCAAGUGAUCAUACAGAGCUGAAUGAUGAUAUCUUGACCGACUUUGAAGAGGAAUAGACUACAAUUUUAAGUUCAUUAAUAAAUAAUGCA